AUUCCCAGAAUGUUAGAGGGUUUUUUUUUUCUUUGCAGGCAUCUUACUUCAGCUCUGCUUAUGUGAGAUAGAGAGAGACCGAGAAAGUAGGAAAUUCUAAGUAACAUCAAAACCAAAGUCUGAUCACUGAAGAUCCCCAAACUAAGACAUUCAUAUGUAUAACCACCCUGGACAGUUGUGCUGAUGGGAAAGUGUUCUUCUUCAUGAAGCAUUCCUGACUCCACUCUGAGGAACUCCACCAAAACGGCCGAUCCUUGGAAUCCAAAUUCCAAAGUACUGGAAGAAACGAUGGAGAGGGGUUUGCAGAACAUUUCCGUAACAGACCCAAAGUUCAUCUAAUGUCUCGAAGUCCGUCCGUUUAAAAUGAUCCACGCUUCCUUCCCAAUGAUGCUGCUGAUGCUGCUUCAUUGCCUUGGACUUGCAGGCGCCCAGGUGAACCCAGCUGUUUGCCGUUACCCCCUUGGGAUGUCUGGAGGGCAAAUCCAGGAUGAAGAUAUCACCGCCUCCAGUCAUUGGUACGAUUCGACAGCAGCCAAGCACGGCCGACUGGACCUAGAAGGAGGAGAUGGAGCCUGGUGCCCACAAGGGCCGGUGAACCCACACGAUACGGAGUUCCUGCAGGUUGACCUGCGGAGCCUGCACUUUAUUACCCUGGUGGGAACCCAGGGCCGGCACGCCAGAGGUCACGGCAAUGAAUUUGCCCAGACCUACCGCCUGGACUACAGCAGGGAUGGGAACCGAUGGAACUCGUGGAAAAAUCGAUUCGGCAAACAGAUAAUUGAAGGAAAUGCCAACCCGUAUGAUCCAGUGCUGAGGGAUCUGGAGCCUCCAAUGAUAGCCCGAUUUGUCAGGUUCAUACCAAUUACUGAUCACUCAAUGAGUGUGUGUAUGAGAGUGGAACUCUAUGGAUGUGAAUGGUUGGAUGGUCUUGUGUCUUACAACUGUCCAGUGGGCCACCAAAUAUUCUCCUCCAAGAACCCCACAGUUUAUUUGAAUGAUUCGGUCUACGAUGGUGCAAUCAGUUCAAGGAUGGUUUCCGAAGGACUCGGGCAGAUGACAGACGGCGUCUGGGGUUUGGACGAUUUCACCCAGAGUCACAUCUAUAACGUGUGGCCGGGAUAUGACUACUUAGGAUGGCGGAACGACAGCUUUGAGAAUGGAUUUGUGGAGAUCUUGUUUGAGUUUGAUCGCAUCCGGAAUUUCACUGCAAUGAAGGUCCAUAGCAAUAACAUGUUCACAAAGGCAGUGAAGAUAUUCCGGGAAGUGCAGUGCUUCUUCCGCUCAGAACCAGGGAAGUGGGAGCCGACCCCCGCCACAUCUGUUCUGGUGCUGGAUGACGUAAAUCCGAGCUCCCGCUUUGUCACCGUUCCACUGCAACAGCGCAUGGCAAGUGCCAUCAAAUGCCAGUUCUACUUUGCCGACACGUGGAUGCUGUUCAGUGAAAUUUCUUUCCAGUCAGACACUGCAAUGUACAACAACUCGGGCGUUCACCCAACAGUGAACAUCGACACCACAACCCACAGUGACAUUGACAUCAACCCAAUGCAUAAAGUGGACGACAGCAACACUCGAAUCCUCAUUGGAUGCUUGGUGGCAAUUAUUUUCAUCCUGGUCGCGAUCAUCGUCAUCAUCCUGUGGCGCCAGUUUUGGCAGAAGAUGCUGGAAAAGGCUUCACGCCGGAUGCUGGAUGAUGAACUCACCGUGAGCCUGUCGCUGCAGAGUGAGACCAUCAUGAUCAACAAGUCCUCCCCACCCAGUGAACAAGAGUCCAAUUCCACAUAUGACCGGAUAUUCCCACUCGGUCCCGACUACCAGGAACCAUCAAAGCUGCUCCGUAAGCUGCCAGAGUUUUCUUUAAGUUGGGAUGAGGCAGGAUGUAGCGGUGACUAUGCAAAGCCACUCGGUGCUCCACAGGACAGUGUACCUCACUAUGCAGAGGCCGACAUUGUGAACUUGCAGGGCGUCACCGGAAGUAACACCUAUUCUGUCCCUGCCGUGACCAUGGAUUUGCUGUCCGGGAAAGAUGUGGCCGUGGAAGAGUUCCCGCGUAAACUGCUGGCCUUUAAGGAGAAGCUCGGAGAGGGACAAUUUGGGGAGGUCCACCUGUGUGAAGCGGAGGGGAUGCAAGAAUUCAUCGACAAAGAGUUUCCUUUCGAUAUUUGCGCUAAUCAGCCAGCUUUGGUUGCGGUAAAGAUGCUACGAUCAGACGCCAACAAGAAUGCUAGGAAUGACUUCCUAAAAGAAAUCAAGAUCAUGUCUCGGCUGAAAGACCCAAACAUUAUCCGGUUGUUGGCUGUCUGUAUCCGCGAUGACCCACUCUGCAUGAUCACCGAAUACAUGGAAAAUGGGGACCUCAAUCAGUUCUUAACUCGUCAUGAACCAGAAAGUGCAGAGCCAAUGGCAAGCAAUGCUCCCAUUGUAAGCUAUGCCAAUCUCAUACUGAUGGCCAUGCAGAUAGCCUCCGGCAUGAAGUACCUCUCCUCCCUCAACUUUGUACAUCGCGACCUUGCCACUCGCAACUGCUUGGUGGGAAAGAAUUACACCAUCAAGAUAGCGGACUUUGGCAUGAGCCGUAACCUGUACAGCGGGGAUUAUUACCGAAUCCAGGGACGUGCUGUGCUUCCAAUUCGCUGGAUGUCCUGGGAGAGCAUCUUACUGGGCAAGUUUACUACAGCGAGUGAUGUGUGGGCCUAUGGAGUUACCCUGUGGGAAUCUUUGACUUUCUGCCGAGAACAGCCCUAUUCCCAGCUGUCCGAUGAGCAAGUCAUCGAAAAUACCGGCGAGUUUUUCAGAGACCAGGGGCGGCAGGUUUAUCUGCCUCAGCCAGCAAACUGUCCGGACGGUGUGUACAAGUUAAUGGUCAGCUGCUGGCGUCGUGAACCCAAAACCCGGCCAACGUUCCAGGACAUUCACCGUGUGCUGCAGGAAUCUGCAGUCGGACUUGGGCUGGAAGAAUGAGCCCCUUCCCAGGGGGAUGUGAGAAGAGUCGUGACUUUAACAUAGACCUUUUCAUGUCUGAUUAUUAGCACGUAUGCUGCCAUGUUUAAACUAAGGGGGGUGAAACGAAAGCCGCUGUUUCCAGUGCUGGGUGACGGAAGCAUAUUUGAAGAAAGGAGGACCAAGGACAAGUGGAAAGAGAUAUUUUCAAAUACAGUGGUGGAAAACAUGACGUAAAUGAUGCAGCAAAGGAUUAGCAUCCUUGCCUCCUUUUUCGUUCAGACUUCCUACGAUUAAAUGGACAUGCUUGUGAAAGUGGACCAAUACUGGAUUAGAAAGUUUUGUGGUAAGGUGUAAGGACUUGAAAAGACUAAAAUAAUAACAGCAGUAAAUGUACAGUAGCAUAUAAGCAGUAGAAACUCCUCCCUCUGAUCCCUUUACUCUAAAUGAUCUAAUUGCAUUUUCCAGUAACAAUUUGGGAGGGUUUAUAAAUGCUGUUUGCAAUAGGAAAGUACAGAAUAUUUGAUAAAUUCUUUUUUUUUUCUAUGAUUUCUCACUUCAAAAACAUUGCUUAGGAACUUGGAAAAACAAAUUUUAGAUUACUUUUUAAAAGAAGCACUUUUUUUUGCUAGUAAUGUAUAGGAAAAGGCUUGAUUAUGAGCCUUUUUUAACGUACAAUUUAGUACAUAUUCAAGAGUAAAGUUUCUUAUGGCUUAAUAGCAGAUAUUACAGUCAAAAAGUAUGUCUACUAAUACAUGAUGUUCUCUGAGUUAUUGCCAUGCAAUAAGGAUGCUGGCUUAAUUUAGGUAUCAAAAUGUCGAUUAGCAGGCGUUUGUCAUUGCUAUAUUAAUUUGAUUGUGGAUAUCUGUAUGUUGUCUAGAUGUUUUCAUUUUGAGCGCAGUUACCCAACUGUAUUUAGAUAUUUAUGCAAAUUUUAUUAAAUAUAUGUGCAAAUAUUA